UAUGGUAACACGUGAUGUUACAUAAGUUAGGACUGUAAUGCAGUGUAGUACAUUGAUGGUUUCGAUGAGUAUGAAUUGCAUUAACUAACAGUAUCAAUGUGAAGAUGGUUGACCUGGCGAAAGAGGCAUUUAAUACUCAAAAUUUCCAACUGGCAGCGGAAAUUUAUGAACGAACAAUUAAAGAAAACGGACCUUCUCUGGAUCUGUGCAUGGGACUAGCUGAUAGUUUUGCUUGUGGUGGUCACUUUGAGAAAGCUUUUGAUGCAUAUGCUAGUGCAUUCAGACUUGGAAAUCUUACACCAUCUUCUUUAAAUCGUCUAGUGUCAGCUUUAGUAAACGCUGUAAAACAGGACAAUAUUGCAACCAGUGCAAACAUGAGCAAAAGUUGCAUGUUUACAUGCACUAUAUGUAGAGGAUUAUUCAAUGAACCAUUGACAAUACCAUGUGGUCAUACUUAUUGUAGGAAAUGUUUCGAAAGAGAUCAAUCAAAAACUUGUAGAACGUGUGGUACUAUUCAUCAUUUUGUGAGGACUUCUAGUUUUCAGUCAAAUGUGCUUCUUUCAAGAUUAAUCGAAAGUUGGUUUCCGAAUGAAAGUAAAGCUACUUGCUUAAAAGCUGAAGGAAACAAAUUUUUUGAAAGAAGACAGUUUGAUAAAUCAAUAGAACUAUACAGUUUGGCCAUUGAGUUGUCUCCACGUGAUCAUUUGUUACUCAGCAAUCGUUCCCAUGCCUAUGCCUCCCUGGAUCGAUUCAGUGAGGCUAUGGAGGAUGCAGAGAAAGUUGUUGAACUCCGUCCUGACUGGCCAAAGGGAUACUUCCGUAAAGGAUGUGCUCAGUUUGGCAUGAAUCUGUUUGAAGACGCUGUUGUAUCAUUGCUUCAGUGUUUAGCUCUGGACUCGGAAGUUGAAUCAGCAAAAGAUUACCUCUCUAAGUCUCUGCACAAGAUUUUGUCACCUUUUCCAAAUGAUGAUGUGAAAGCUUUGGCCUUGAAAAAUCAGUUCAACCCUUCACUGCUGACCCAGUUGAUCCGUGCCAACUUCAGCUCCGCUCUUCUUCUACCUCAUAUCACCAUGGACAAGUUAGAUCAACUCAAAGGCAUCAUUGAUGAAACCCUCUUCAGUGCAACAAAUUUUGUGCUGGGACAAACAGAAAAGAAACCAAGCUUUGAUAAGGAUGGACAAAGUUCAUCUGGGCAAAUGCCAAGAGAAAAGAAUGGAAAUGCAGAGACUACAUUUUCACAUAAAUGUGCAUCUGAACCAAGCAGCAGAAGAGAAUCACCAGUUAGUUUCCUUAAAGGAGCUAGAUCAAGGUCCCAGUCUCCCUACGGCAGAAACAGUGAUGGCAGCAGAAAACGUACCAGGGAACCUAGUAUCACUCAACCUCCAUUAUCCCCACAAGAGACACCACAGAAGCAGCAGAAGUCUCGAGACUUUGUUCCAAUGGAUGUCAGCAAAGCCUUGGUAAAUGUUGAUGACUUUGAGUGCAGUCUUUGCUAUCGUCUGAUGCAUGAACCAGUCACCACACCAUGUGGCCAUUCCUUCUGUCGCCAGUGUCUUGACAGAUGUUUAGAUCACCAAAGCAAUUGUCCUCUUUGUAAAGGCUCAUUAGUUGAGUAUUUAGCUGAGAGACGCCAAACCAGAGAUGAAUCCUUAGAAAAUAUUCUGAAAACCUAUUUUCCUGAAGAACACGAAGCAAGAAAAAAGAUUCAUGAAGAUGAAUUGGUUGAACUUGCAAAAAUGGGAGAAGAUGAAAAACAUCAUAUACCCAUUUUUGUAUGCACACUAGCCUUCCCUGGAGUAACUUGUCCACUUCACAUCUUUGAGCCCCGGUAUCGUCUAAUGGUCAGACAAUGUAUGGAAGCUGGUACACGACAGUUUGGCAUGUGCAUCUCAAUGGGAGAUGACCAAGAUGAUUUCUCGGAGUACGGCUGUAUGUUGGAGAUACGAGAUGUGCAGUUCUUCCCUGAUGGAAGAUCACUGGUCGAUUGUAUAGGAGGGCGAAGAUUCAAAGUUUUAUCCAGAGGGCACAGAGAUGGCUACAACACAGCCAAUGUAGAAUUUUUGAGAGAUGUUGCCAUACCUGAAAAUGAUGUACAAGCUGUUAACAAACUUCAAGAAAAAACCUACAGAGAAGUAAAAUCCUGGUUUGACAAUCUGCCAGGUAUGCAAAGAAAUCAAAUUUCUCGACAUUUUGGGGGAUUUCCAGCUUGUGACAGUGACUACCAGGGUAACCCAAAUAGCACAGCUUGGUUGUGGAAAGUUCUACCAAUAUUACCUCUAGAUCCACGUAUACAGCUGACUAUGUUAGCAAUGACUUCCUACAAAGAAAGGCUGGAGGGGAUACUGAGAGUACUAGAGUAUAUCAAACGGAGGCGAAGCUUUUGACUAGACCAAAUACCUCAAACGAUUACUAACCUCAUUCAUAACUACAGGUUUCCAAUAGGGCUUAUUUUAGUAAUUGCUUUAUUAAUUGAGCUGGCAAUCUGAACAAUUUUUCCUCAGUUAUAUAUUGUCAAGACUAUCCAUUUCUUGAAUGUUUUUAUCCAGACUUCGUAUUUUUUUCUGUUGUCUUUUGUUCCUUGUAAAUAUAGGGAGGAUAAUCUGAAUGAUCUUCCAUUUGAAAUGAGGAAGAGUGGUAGAUAUGGAAGAUUGUUACCAAAUUUUAUGGAGAUUAUUUUCAUAUGAUAUUUGAAAUUGAUUUUACUAUUUUCAUUGGUAACAUUAUGUACAUUUUUUAUUUCAUGUAAACCAGAAACCAUUGUUUUAAUUCAGUUAAUUAAACUGUAAAAUUAUGCAAGUUUCAGUUUUUGCAUAUUUGCUUUACAGUUUUUAAUCAUAUGCACAUAGUAUAGAAAGUUAAUAUUGACCCUCUCUUAUUUUUUUUUAACUUCUGUAUAUUAUUGUGGGUUAAUUUAAUUUUGACUGAUUGUAUGGAAUAUUCCUUUUUAGCUCAUUUUACUUGCAAGAUAAAAGCAAUCUGCAAUUAGUACCCUAAUCUGUGAUAAUAUACUAUCGAUAGUCAGGUUAUUUAUACUUAUUUUUAUAACUUGUUCUCAUCAUUGUCAUGGUUGUUUAAUUUUCUAGGUCAUCUAAAAGCUGUACAUUGCUUUGAAGCUGAAAUCAAGCUACAAUAUUUAAUUUCAUACAACCAUUUAUAAUUUAUGUGAAUGUUAAUUUAUUCCAUUUAUCUUUGUCUUAAAGCCAAUUUUAGUUUUAACUGAAACUUACAAAAAAGUUGGUGUUGAUUCUUGUGUUUUCCAAGGUUUCUUUCUAUUUUUUUUAAGUUCAAAAUCUUACAAUUGAAAAAAAAUAGUUAGUUAAUUUUUAAGGGAUUUUCUUUGCAAGAGAAAUCUUGCAGAUGAAUAUUUAGAAAUGAAGAAAAAUGACAAUCGGUGCAACCUGUAUUGCAAAUCUAAAAUAUUUUUUUGUUUCCACUAAACUUUCAUCUUUGUGAGUUGAUAUUGGUUAAAAUGUCUUUAUUUUCAUGAACAGUAGAUCCAGAAACAUUUGAAUUGGAGAGAAUCAUUUAUGUUGUUAUAAUAUUUUUCAUUAAUGAUAUAUUUACUUCACAUCAACUUAAUAAAAGAAAAAUAACUUUAUUGAGAGUG